UCGGCCGGUCCUCAUCCUCCACUUCAUCCUCCUCAACCUCCGCCACCUCCCGCUCCGUCUCCAUCCAGCCUUCAUGGUUCUGAUCUCACCCCACGCCAUGCAACCCACUCGGGCGCCCACUACGGUCAGUGUGUUUGCGGACUGCUGCAUCCCACCCGGGCUCCGAAUUGGACCGGUACCAGGUGUCUUUAAACUGGGAAAGUACGUGACAGACCGCAAGGAGCCGGGACCCAAGAAGAAGGUUCGACUGGUUCGUGGCGAGUUCGUGGACGAGUCGGGCUGUCCGGUACCAGAUUGGAUCGGACUGAUCCGAGCAGCCAGAAGCAGCCAAGAACAAAAUCUCGAGGCAGUGUCAGACCUACCUGGUGGCCAGAUCUUCUACCGGGUCCUGAGAGAAAUCCCAGCUGGAGAAGAGCUCUGCGUCUGGUACUCCAACGCUCUGGCCCAGUGGUACGACAUCCCCACCACAGCGACCCCCACACACGACGAGAAAGGUGAUGAGCGCUACAUCUGUUGGUACUGCUGGAGGAUCUUCAAAUACCCCAACACCCUGAAAGCGCACGUGCAUUUUCACUGCGCGCUCAGUAACGGGCGCGGAUUCGUCAGCGGCGAGCAAGCCAGAGGAACGGAGACCUUCAGCAGGUCCCCGAAGUCCGGAGACAUCCCCAACACCUCCACGUCUCCCAGAACCGGACACUCGUCGGUGUCGGAUUCGGGCAGGAGGGUCAUUGGACUUGGGAAGAAGAUCAGCUCCGAGGAGCAGGAGCGAGCUCUGGACAUGAGCGUCGCCUCAGCCAGGAACCAGGGUCAUCUGCUGGGCCUCGGAGCGGCCUCUUCGGUGCUCAGCUCCAUGGGCUUCCACCCGGGCGUCCGCUCCGCCUUCAAGCCCACCGGGGUCUCCAAACUCCCGAGCGCAGACUCAUCCAGAGAGGACGCCGCCAAAAUGGGGGGUUUGGGUUUCAGCAAACUGAUCGGACACAUGAAGCCGAUCCGGGAGAGUCUAAACGGAGGAGCGGGGGCUCCACCCAAGUGCGCACCGGGAGUCAUGGACCCAUCUGCUCCAAUAGUUCCGUGCUCCAACGCCAUCCGAAGUUUCCCUCUGCUGCCUCACAUGGAGGAGACCUCUGCUUUCAAACACGUAGAAAGUCGGGUUCACUCCGGGCUGUCCCCCUCCCGGUACCCCCAGAUCCCCCCCGGACUGAACUUUGACCGCUUCUCCCUUCCACACUUGGACGGCGUCAAAACCUACGGGGGAGACUGCAACAUCCCCUUGAUGCCCUUCACUGUGUACAAUGGUGAGCUGCUCUACAGCGCCCCCUACUAUCCCCUCAAGUUCCACUUCAGUAAUCUUCUCAAGUACCCAGAGUCCAUGAGCUACUUUGGAUCUCCGUCCCUAAACCAAGACCUGGGCUCCAUCACCAACAUUGACCGGGAGAUCGCCAUGCACACGCAACAGCUGUCCGAAAUCGCAGCAGAGAAGAACCGAGCCAGGAUGGACUCCCUCCCUGCAGGCAGCACGAGCAGCCCCGGGGCGGGAAAACCCAAAAAGGGCCACUUGUGUCUCUAUUGCGGCAAGUUAUACUCAAGGAAAUACGGCCUGAAAAUCCACAUGAGGACUCACACCGGCUACAAGCCGCUCAAGUGUAAGGUCUGUUUCCGGCCAUUCGGUGAUCCCAGUAACCUGAACAAGCACAUCCGGCUGCACGCGGAGGGGAACACGCCUUACAGGUGCGACUUCUGUGGAAAGGUUCUGGUUCGACGGAGGGAUCUGGAGCGGCACGUCAAGUCCAGACAUCCCGGGCAGAGCGUGAAGAAGCUGGAGGAGAAGCCGGACCUGUUCGAGGAGCAGAAGAGCGACAACGACAGCGACGUGGACGUCUGCUUCACGGACGAGCAGAGCGACCAAGAGUCCGCCAAAAACACGGACUGCGACGCGCAUAUUUAACUCCUCUUAAUAUUAAUUCUAUUAACAUGUUUAUUACUGAUCACUGAGGGAUUUGUUUCAAUCCGAGUGUUGUUGAUUCAAACAAAAUACAUGCAAUUAAAUUAUUGAAAAAUAUCGACUCAUCAUUGACAAAACUCUUAGUUGCACUUUAAAAAUAAAACAAAAACCAACAACAACAUGCGAACAAUAUGGGAAUAAAUAUUGCCAUACUUACUGUAACGUGACGUCACGACAGACCUGCUGUACUCACGAUAUAUUUGCACUUUCCCGCCAGGUUUAUUUAAGGAAUCACUUCUAGAGAGAAGCUGUAUUGACUGUGUACAAAAUGUAAAUGUUAUUUCACAUUUCAGUAGAGAAUCGAUGUUUGUUUAUCGGUCAAAUUGUUUUGAAAACAAUAUUUGACUGCUGUCCAA